GUGCACUUUUAGUUUUAGGUAUACGGUAAUUUAUAGAACAAUUGCGCUUGCGCGACUAAGCAAGAUGUCAGCGCCCUUGCGUGGAAUAACGGUGUAAUUCACGUGCAUAUAAUUUCAUGUAGUGACAGAAUAAGACACUGAAUUAUUCGGUUAUCACUCGAAAACGUUUUUCCUGUAUGUCUAAUUUCGUGUGAUAUCUACCGCUGCAGUUUUUAGGUCGGAUUGUGUUUUGUUACAAGGGGUUUCCUUUGUAAUCCCGUGAUGUUCUAAAACGCCGUAGCCAAACUUGUCCUUAUGUGUAAGGACUUUCUAGAGCAAGGCAAAAAUGCGACCUUUCAAUACACAGAUCUUGCGAAGUCUUUCAGCCAUACGUACCUUUACUGUUUUUGGCGAAACACGAUAUACCCGCAUUUACUAUGGAGAUUUAAGAUGCAGACGAUUUCUGCACACCACAAAAGUAAAUCCCGCAGCAAGUGUGCUAUCUGCCAACGAAAUUUUUAAAAGGAAGUCGUUACAGGACUAUUUAAGAAAACUGGAGAGUGAAUAUGUGGACUGUUUGCGAAGUGUCGACUUGAAUAGUGAAGAUCUGAAAUGGAAAAGAAACAGAAUAACGCAUCUAACACCAUUGAUCGACUGUGUGAAGAAACUGGCACAGAAACAGAAAGAGUAUGAAGAAAUCCAAGCUUUACUGAAAGAUGAUGAUCUAGACAUAAGAAAACUAGCGGAAAAUGAGAAGAUAGCAUGCCAAGAUUCUGUGCAAGAUUUGAGAAAAACGAUCCUGUCGCUCUUGAUCCCUGCUGAGAAGGCCGACGACAGUGAUCUAGUGCUGGAAGUCACAGCUGGGGUAGGCGGGCAGGAGGCGAUGCUUUUCACCGCCGAGAUGUUCGACAUGUACCGGAGAUUCGCCAAUUAUCAGGGCUGGGACUUUGAAACACUGGAGUACAACCCAAGUGACACCGGCGGGCUUCGCCACGGCUCUGCGGCUGUCAGCGGACCACAGAGUUAUAAGACGAUGAAGUUCGAGGCCGGGGUGCAUCGGGUACAGAGGGUCCCCAAAACCGAGAAGCAGGGCCGCAUCCACACCAGCACCAUGACUGUGGCCGUGCUGCCGCAGCCCACAGAGAUCACAUUAACUAUUAAUGCAAAGGAUUUGAAAAUUGAAACCAAGCGUGCAAGUGGAGCGGGUGGGCAGCAUGUCAACACCACUGACAGCGCCGUGCGAAUCGUCCAUAUUCCCACAGGUGUUGUGGCUGAAUGUCAGCAGGAGAGGUCGCAGCUGAAAAACAAAGAAAAGGCCAUGAAAAUGCUACGUGCGAAAUUGUACGGCCUGCGCCUGGAAGAGGAGUCCAGCAAACGACAUCAAGCACGUAAAAUUCAGAUUGGUACUAAAGGUAGGUCAGAGAAGAUCAGGACUUACAACUUUGUUCAGGAUCGCAUUACUGACCAUCGGAUUGGGAAAACCCAGCAUGACGUGAGAGGCUUCAUGCUAGGCGAAGAUCUCUUGGAGGACAUGAGCAGAUCAUUGAAGCAGUUUUCUGACCAAGAGGUUCUCAUGGACAUUUUGGGUGAAGAUGGAGCAGAUGAAUAAUGUUUUGGCUGCAUAUUAAAAACAAAUGAAAAUGUUUGCCUUGGUAGCGUUAUUUGGAAAACUUUUUAAUUUAAGGCUGAGGGUUUGCGUGCUUACUCGGAUUCCUUGUGCUGCAUUUUCAGCGUCACAUGUAAGGGGAGGAGUGUGAUGGACUUAAGUGUUUAGGCCUGUACAGCACGCUAUACCCUCUAUACUGUAAUUGCACACAAUUGUUAUUUUUCCUUACUGCAAAGGCACACACUUGUUACUUUCCAUUGUAUUUUUUGCAGAAUGUAUGUGUGCGUAAAUGUUAUAGGUCUGUGUGCCUAUGUGUAUGUAUACUGAGUAUAAGCUACUGGACACCUAAUUUUCCUUCUGGAUAAAUAAAGUAUCUCUAUCUAUCUAUA